GGAGUGCUUGUGUGGCUCGCGCAGACAAAUCCAUUCGCACAAUGGGGCCGAGCUAGUGGGCCAGUCAGUGACGGCUCGCCGCCCGCACAUCUCUCUCUCCCCUCAUCGCUACUCAAUUCUCAGCUCUCACCCGGAGCGGACGUACGUCGUACCUACUCGCACCAUCUCUUGUCAGUGUUGUGAUCUCUUUCUUGUGAUAUUCUUGCUAUCUGUUGUGAUACAGUGCUACCCCACUUUGUGAAUAUUUCUUGGUUUAUACUCGAUUAUCACCAUGCUUGCGACACGGACGCAACCCCUAAUGCAUACGGAGUAUUUACAGCCCAUGGACCCUCUUCCGACCACGUUGGAUGCGAAGAAGAGUCCAUUGGCCUUGCUGGCUCAGACAUGUAGCAGCAUCGGAAAGCCAGACCCACCUCCAAACUCGAAUGAGAUGAAGACCGGCUUGACGGCUCCUCUCGACAUCGGUGGCAAGAAGUCCCCUGAGAAGGCAGCGACCACGGUGCCCGAGCUCGACAGGUCAUCGUUCAAGCCUUACAAGCAAAACGAGAAACGCGACGGCGAUGCCUAUGUGACGAAAAUACCAGCUUACGCCGACAAAGCAAUCUCGCGGGGAUCCCCACUCAGUGUUAUCACAAGCACGGACUCUAAACCGAUCGCCAGCGCGACCACCUUCACGUCGUCGCCGCCGUCGCCAACGAAAACAAGGACAGAGGCAUCGAGGCCGAGCUCGAAUCAGAGUACGACAGAAACUGUCUCAAGUCACACCAGUACUGGACAUAGCUUUGGCUGCACUAGCUCAGGUGCUCACAGUCCGAGUCACCGAGGUGAUUCGAAGCCCCACUCUCAGGUUUCCACUGCCCCUAUCUUACCGACACAUCUCGUGCCCCCUGCACUAGCUACAGGAUUCAAACCGUCUACAUCUCAUACCAGUACUCCACCCACUUCAGGACAUUAUGGUGGAUGCCCUUCGCAGCUUCUUGGACACUUACCCCACAUUGCAGAUCCUGCAAGCAUUUCAAAGGAUCAUGCUGGACACCUUUUAGCUGCUACCGCCGGUUCACCUUACGCCACCGCCUAUGCACGUGUGAAAACCGCUGAUGGGGGCACCACGUUGAUGCCUAUCUGCCGUGACCCGUACUGUUCACACUGUCAAUCAGCCUCACUUGCAGCUUCUGCAGCAUCAGGUGCAGCAUGCACACAAUGUAGACAUGAUGGACUAUCACUCAGCGGGGCCGUUCCGUUUGCACUUCCCGUUCCGGGUGCGUUUCCCGCCUAUUUCCCAUCAGGAAGUCCCACCGCAUCAGCCACGCCUUAUCUUUACCCACCGCCCCCAGUACCCGCCCAAACCGAGCAUGGACACGUCUGCAACUGGGUCUCGGGCAACACGAGCUGCGGGAAACGGUUCGGCAGUGGCGAGGAGUUGCUGCAACAUUUACGCACACACACGAUGCAGUCGAGCGAGUCGAUAAGCACGCCGUCUCCUUACGCCUUGGCUUCGUCACUCAACGCCCAACUAAGUGCUUACUACAUGCACUAUCCAGCUGCAGCACCCAUCCCUGGUUCCUUUGGACUUUCAAAACCAGGAGUACCACCUUCACCCCUUAGCCCAGGAUCCGCCCUAAGGUAUCACCCCUACAAGGCACCCAUCCCCACCUCGUUGGCCACCCUCCCUGGACUCCCAGCCGGUGCUUACUACUCCCCGUAUGCUUUCCACGAUCUUAAAGGAAGACUCGCCGCAGCUGGAGUACCCCACUAGCCAAAAAUCUAUCCAGAGUGGUGCAUGAACUCUUUAAUAUCACACCUGAAAAAUUAUUAUAUCGUGUGUUCACUGUGUUAAGUUUCAUAUUUCUGUAUUCAGUUUAAAACCUGUUACAAAUUUCGAAGUACUUUAAUUGCAUCUUGUUGGUUCGUAAGGACUGUACAGAGAUAUACAUUUUAUUCGAAAAGUACUAUUCUGUAAGAUGAGGAAAUUAAUUGUGAGUCGGCCUAUCUCUCAGAGAAAAUAUUAGUGAUAUGAACAAGGGAAAGUCUAGUUGAAAGUCUCCUCUAGGUGUUAAUAAAACGGUCAUUACUAAUUAAGAUGCUGUCCGUCCCUAGGUAUAACCCGAGAUGAAACGCGAGAUUUGCUCAAGCGUACUAUAGUACAAAAGAAUUAAUUUCCAUUUAAAAUCGGUUCCAAAAUACAGGUUAUAUAUUUUUCCAAAUGAUUUCCUUUUAUUAUUUCAUACUACAUUCAAUGACACGUUUUGUGGUUAUUCUAGAAACACUGCUGUGAUGGAGGGAGACAAGGGAGAUGUUGCGUUGCCCAAAUUGCGAUUCACUAUUUCACUUACAGUAGCAUUGCGUCUUGUCAGGACCGUUUAUUAGACGGUCUAACCCAUUAAUUUAGCUGAAAAAUGGAGAAAGAGCAGGCAGUCUGGAAUUAUUUAUGACAUGCAUUUCACACGGGACUGAAACAGUUGGGAUGUCCCCCCUAUGUAUGAUUGAGCAAUAUGGGGCGAGAUGCUAAACCGGCUUCCCGUCAUAAGAAACUCUUUAUUCACAAAUCAGCCCGCUUCUCUCUUUUCUCCGACGCGUGCAUGAGUUAACAGUCGCCGCGCAAACCGACCAUCGUAGCAAUUCAUCUUCUUCCCUGGCGCGGCACUGGAGAGCUGAAGCUAUAUCAUGUUUGCAGGCCGAGCGAGGAAAGGUGCCGUGUUGGCGAGCCGUGGCGAUCAUUUAUGCCCUUGUCAUUAGUCGCUUACUUCAGUUUCUCCACCCAACCUCUCUCGUUUUUCUCCAUCUCUCCCUUUUUUUUCCAUCCUCUAUCAAAGCAAGAGCUACGCUUGACUGGCGCACUGAUGACGGGGCGGGAUGAUUGAUACAGCAGAAUAAGACAUGGUUUGGGUGAAUUAUCGUGGCCGGGUUGGAAAGAGACCUCACCUCAUCAAUCUCCAAGAAAGGUCCCAAGCUCGUGUCAAGAACAUAAAUCCGACUCGGUAUCACAAUACUGAUGGGCACCGGGACGCGUCUACUCUUGUCUUUAUCAUCUCUUUAACUGCGCGCCUCCAUGUCAUGAAUCUUUUAAAACCUCCACCAUUAGGAAGCUAAUUAAUCACAAGUAUCUUCCUCCGCUCGCAACGAGCCGAGAGGAAGACGGACUCCCGACUGCUUUGUUUCUGCCAUAAACGUCAUCUUUUAUUAAUUACACCCAAGCACCCUACCCUUCUGCUUAAUAAUAGAGCAGCCUUAUUUACCCCCGAAUCCUAAAUUGCCGGGGUUUUUGUCCCAUUUGUUGACAAACCAUCGCUACUUCCGACAGCCCGUUUAUCACCCUAAAAUUAAUUCAACUGAAUUACAUGUCGCUUUUAAUGCGUCACGCUCCUUCUUUCGGGGGAAAAUUAGCCCCGGUGAGCCAUUAAGAUUGAUUAAUUACUGCAUACUAGAAAGAUUAUUGUUAUACGUGUUCUCACUUUUAUGUGUUGACUAUAUAUUGUUCUGAUUGUUUAUAUUUAUGUGUGUAUGUAUAUAUAUAUAUACAACUCUUUUUCUGUAUAGAGAGGUUAAAGAUGAACAGCCGUGACAAAGUUAAUGUGGUGUUUUAUUAAUGUAUAUACGUGUACAGUUUAAAGAGAUUAAAAAAAAGAUAUUCCAUGAUU